GAACUCUUUUUCUCUUGGCAGCCACGUCCCCGGGCCAGGACAGCCAUGCCAGCCUGGAGCACCUUCCUGCGUCCGAGCAGAUCCUGCAGAGCCUCAGUGAGCUGGCCAGGUCCUUCCAGGAGAUGGCUGACCGCUGCCUGCUGGUGCUGCACUUGGAAGUCAGGGUUCACUGUUUCCACUACCUGAUCCCUCUGGCCAAGCAGGGGAACUACGCCAUCGUGGCCAACGUGGAGAGCAUGGACUACGACCCGCUGGUGGUGCGGCUCAACAAGGACAUCAGCGCCAUCGAGGAGGCCAUGAGUGCCAGCCUGCAGCAGCACAAGUUCCAGUACAUCUUCGAAGGUCAGGCUCCUCCCAGUCCUUCCUCCAUAAAGG